AUGAUGUUUUUAUUCGUUUCGUCUUCGAAAACGUUGUCCUCUUCGAUUGUUCUUCCCCGUCUUCCAUCCAUCCGCCAAACGAUCGAGGGUGCUCGCAGCUUUUCCACACCUUCCUAUAUCUUUUCGUCUUACCAUCAUCACCUCGGUUGGGGUCCACGCAAGGUCCACGCCCUGCACACGCAGCGGCAACCCUCGUCUCUCGUCUUGAAGCUUCCGUUACGUUCUUCCCCCAAGAUUUCCUUUAAAUUCCUCUGCGCCAUGGAUCAGCCCCAAUUCACUCUGCCGGCGCUGAUGACGGGCUACCUUGCAAUAUACAGCGCUGUGGAUGUGGAACUCGCCCAGCCAUCGCAGCCCCAGGCCCCGCCGAUGCCCGCGCCAGCACUAGGACAACCGUCUACACAGCCGAAGAAGAAGAAGAAACCGAAGAUCUCCCCAGCAGCCAAGAAGGCGUCUGAGGAUGCACACUUUGAGCUCGUCAUGGAGGCAGCUCAAACUGUCACUUCGAUUCUGGAGUCUCAUGGUCUAUUCUGCGCGGUGUUUGGAAGUCUCGCAGCGAAAUUGUACGGGAACAGUCGCUGUCCGAAAGAUGUCGACCUCCUCGUUAGUCAAGACGUCCCUGUAACGUUCCCUUGGACCUCGACGCCGAUCGAGAGGGACCUGACCGCAGCCGAACUGAAGGAGCUCGUUCUACGCACCAAUUCGCGCAACUUUUUCCUGAAGAUGCCGCGCGACCCGACCGCCGAGUACCGCAUCCUCUGGUACCGCAAACACUACCUCGGUGCCGAAUGCAAAGUUGACAUCCUCGUGCCGGGAACGAUGUAUCUCCCGUUCCUCUAUCCUGACUGCGUCCGGUGGAUUAGUGGAGUCCCUCUCGCCCCUUUCCCCGUCGUCUUCUUGCAUAAGGUGCAAGGCUGGGAUGACCACCGGCUUGCGGAGGACGCAUACAACAAGGGAAAGCAGCAUAAGGACGCCGGAGAUCUCCGGAGGAUGCUGGCACUGAAGCAGUUUGCAGAGGAGGUGAGGAAGGAGAUCAAGUUUACUCCCGGCUUUAUGCCAUAUUUCGGCGAAGAGUUCAUGAAGCUUACAAGGGAGAGAGUGAAGGCACAUUGUCAGGCGUUCCCAGAUCGCGCAAGGGAUUGGGAAGCACUUGGUUUUGAGGUGUUAUAA